AUGUGUACAAGUCUAUUUACAGGCGUGCUCCAGGCCUCUCAGAUUCCAUGGCUGCCUUGCAAGUUCAUUGAUGAAGAAGUGUUUUAUAAUGACAAAGGGCAAGUGGAGACGCAGCACAACAACAGAGAAGCAAUGCUGCAGUUUGGCCACAAAGGCGACGCUCCAAUCAACCCGGACGCAAUCACUUUCCUUAUCACUUCUUCCAAGUUGGACAUGCGGCGGUUCUUUGAGGCCGUGGAGAUGGACCAGUUGUCGUGUGAGCUGCAGCGCUUUAGCACAGAGGGCAUCCACGUGCGCUGGCCCGUCCGCGGGGAGCACGAAUACAACCGCUGGUUCACCUCCAGGAUCAGGGACGAGAAGAACCAGCUCAAUGUCCUCGGCUUCAUCCGACAGUCCACCGCACAGCCCCCGACGGGACAACACGACUACCGCAACUGGACUGCCAUAGAGCACAGAGAGAUACUCACCACAACAGUUGUGAUGGUGAUGAAGACGCAGACCCCUCAGGUGAAAGCCGCGCUAGGAUCCACACAGGUCCUGGACUGUCAUUUCGCGGUUGACCACAAGGCGGCGAACAUUGCGGUGGAGUGGCGCAAACGUGGGGAGAGGACCAUUCUGUUCCAAAGCGGUCAGUCUGGAGUCACACUGGGCUCCGGAGUGGCACUGAAGAAGCUGUCCUCUGGAGAUGCAUCAUACUCGAUCCCCUUCAGUAAAAUGAGCAGCGAGGGGACGUAUAUUUGCUCUGUCACUGUUCUGCCGCUGCAUGGGAGUAUGGACAUCAGUUUACAAAUCCAAGAGCCUCCGCGAGUUUCCUUGAACAUAGAUUCCUCUCUGACUCUGACUGAAGGCGAUGAGAAGAAGGUGGUCUGUGAAGCGGACGGUUAUUACCCUUUGGACGUGGACAUCCUCUGGACGCAUCAGGACGCAGCUGACGUGGGCCGAAGAGUAGGAGCUGCUCUCCCCAAAGUCCUGGAUAAUGUCAUGUACUCGAGCCACAAAGCCAAACCGGACGGCACUCUGUCUCUGUCGGCAUUCUUCUACCUCAGCGCCAAACUCAGCGACUCCGGGAGACACUUCACUUGCUCUGUGUCCCACCGCAGCCUGAGGGUGCCCAUCCGGAAGAGCUUUACUCUUACUGUGCAGGAGCCAAGCAAACAGCUGUUUGUUGUCCUCUGUGUUGGUGUACUUGCUAUAGUGGUGGGCUUCCUUCUGCUGUUGCAACGUCUCCUCGGAGGACGAAGAAAACAUUCGUGGUAA